AUGGCCAGAGGUUCCUCUCAGUCUCAGUCCUCCACUUCAACGACCGCGCGACCAGGAAUCGCCGCUCCUCGCGGUUCCGCCGCUGCCACUGCCGGCAUGCGCCGCCGUCGGCUUGCUGGAGGAAACAGCUCCACCACCGCCAGUGUCGGCGGCGGUGGAGGAGGUAACAUGCUGAGGUUCUACACGGACGAUGCUCCGGGGCUGAAGAUCUCGCCGACGGUGGUGCUGGUGAUGAGCCUCUGCUUCAUCGGCUUCGUCACCGCCCUCCACGUCUUCGGCAAACUCUACCGCUCCAAAUCUGGCGGCGCCGCUUGA